AUGUUUCCCCUUUGCAACGUGUUGAGACAUAAAGCGACUGGCAGUGAAUAUUCGCAAGAUUAUAGUAUGGCAGUUGAUUUAAAUCUAAAAAAUUCCAAUUUAUCGUGCAAAAUACAAACAGUGUCUACAGAAGAUCAUAAUUCAGAGUUGACGUCUGUUAAUCAAUCCAACAUGAGUAUGAAUGAAAAAGAAGCAUAUAUUGUAUCAUUAGACAGAAAUAUUCCACUUAAGCAUUUGAAUUUAAUGUUUAAUAUUGAUCAGCGAUUAUAUAAUUGCAUAAAAACCAAAUUUCAAGAUAUAUCAAAUAUUAUUCAAUUACUUUAUCAUGUUGAGUAUAAAUCGGAUCAGAUUGAAGCAAUGAUAAAUUUAUUAAAACGUCACAAACUUCACGGUCAAGUCGAAUUAUUUCCAUCUGAAAGUAUAGGAGAUUUAAUAAACAAUUAUUCAAAAAACCCAUAUUUUUCUACACAUACAUCAUUACAUACAAUUAAGCCAUUUACCGAUAUUUGUUUAACAUGUCAUCAACCAUUGGAAUUAAAGUUUAAAGAGCACGUAUAUGUAUUUAAGAAUGAGACUGCUGAAAAUGGUUGUACAUAUUCUGCACGCUGUUGUCAUGUCGACUACUAUUCCAAUAGUUAUGUUCGAGGAUCUAAACAAUUUAUUACUCGUGAUGCGUUACUCAGUAGUAGAUAUAUUUAUUUGGCUGAAAAGAAUGCGUACGCAAUUGAAUUAAUUUUAAGAUUCUCGUCAGAUUUGACGUAUAUGCACGCUAGUUUUAAUAAUUUCUGUGCGUCUUACAAUCAUACAGUACGCUCAAUAUUAUUACAGCGAAAUAAUAAUGAUGACUCAAUAUUAAGAAAUCAAAUAUUAUUGGAACGACGUUUGUUUCAAAAUACAUGGUUGACUUAUGCCACCGCUUUGUUUAUUUUUUUUGUAUCGAAGCAAUAUGAAAUUCAGAUUCCACUCAAUAUUAGUAACACUGAUGAACGAAAUGAAUAUUUUAACAAAAAUAAUUUACAAUGGGAAACAGAAUUCACUUUGUUUUGGACGGGGAUCACAGCAGAAUUGAGCAGAAUCUGCCAAUUCGUACGGAGUAUCUGA